GAUCUAAUGAAACUGCGACCACCGGGUUGCGUAGGCCUCUUCGAACCGGAGAACUUCUCCUUGACUCUGCAGAGCCUAAAUAACCACUACGAGGAGUACAUUAUUGGAACCGGCGACUUUGAUGAACGCAUCUACCUGAGUCCCAACGCUGCCGAGGAGAUCGGUUCUACUGGCGAGCAACCGUACUCUGAAAGCCUACCCGUCAUGUCAGCCACACGGGGCUGUCUGGUGGACUCUGGGAACUCCUACGGUGGCAGCGUUUGCAUGACUUCGGCGCGCUCUGACAGCUUCACCAACGGCCCCAUACUCGGAGGCAUGAACACAGUCAUUGGUAUGAGUAGUGCGGAGACGCGAAACAAGAAUCUGCAUCACUUGCUGGUAGGCUUGUUUCUUACUUCUUGUGGAUCGCGACCCAAAGCAGAUGAAAUUGUACGUCCCCCAACCCCUCCCGCACUAGACAUCCUACGACGGUAA